CAGGUUCUGUGUAGGAUGUGACAGUAAUUGAAGCUGCUGACAUGCAGUCUUUAGGCUCCGAGCAUCAAAAGUCUCUCAAUUCUGGUCAAUCUGCACCAUGUGCUCUUUGGCCAGUGGACCUGAAGUUAACUCACUUGGACUGGAACCCUGAAGCAACCCUGAUACACUUCCAGGGACAGUACCUUACCAUAUGUGAACUUGACUAUACUAUCUUGCAAGGAGAAAUACAGAAUACACCAAAGAAUAAAGCUGCUGUGGAUAUUGGAGAGUUCUGCCUCAUAGAAGAUUUGACUUCAGCUCGGUGGUACAGAGGAAGAGUUCAGAACCGGAAAGAGGACUUGUUUGAUGUGUUCCUGAUAGAUCAUGACAAAAUGUAUCCUGGAUUUGCUGCUGCAGUGACGACCCCCUUCGAAUUCUGCCUUGUUCUGGAAGACUUGCUCCUCAUCAUGAACAAACUAUCCCUGAUGUUGGAUGACCUCCCUGAGCAGAUGCCUCCUCUCCCUGAAGCCCACCUUGUCCCUGGCACCUGCUGCCUGAUAAAAUCAGAGUCCAAGAACAAGUGGUGCAGGGCUGAAAUUGUAAACGCCGACACCACAGCAGUUCUAAACCUGGUGGAUUACGGCCAUUGUGAAUGCAUGCAGUGUGAGGACUUUUCGGAGCUGAAGGUGCUUCCAGCAGAGAUGACGAACGUCCCAAAGGUGACAUUCCCCUGCAUCCUGAGAGGGGUGAAGCCAGUUGAUGAGGAUGGACAGUGGACCGAUGACGCCGCAGUGUUCUUCCAGCAGUGUUUGUACCAGAAGAACCUCCAGAUCUUCUUCAGGGAGUUUGAGUCCAACACACACUGGAAGGUGGACAUCCUGGCUGAUGGCGUCCAUGUGGCCAAAGAGCUGGUCGAUGCUGGGCACGCCAACUACAUAGACGUCAUGCUAGGAUUGCGGUUCCAGGAGCAGAGCCUCUGUAAAGCCUCCGAUGGGACGUCCCAUCUCUCUGUCGACUUUCAGGAUGAAGCCGGGACGAUGCCACUCAGCGCCGUGUCUGGAUCUAGACAUUGUUUUCUUAUGUGA